AAUACUAUUGAGUCACAGUAAAAAAAAACAAAUUGAAUAUGUGAAAGCAUAUUUAUGAAUUCAGUGGUUUAAAUAUUAUAAACAAUUUGGAAUAAAUUUCAGGCUUUCAGAGAGAAGCCACCAACAUUCGAGUUGUUUUGGAACUGCUUUAUGACAACGUUAUGACGAUUGGGUGAAAUGUUGCCAAUGAUAGCAAUUCUAAAAAAUUUCAGCCAAUCACCUCUGAACAGUACGUUACCGGGAAAUGAACUUGAUCUUUCUUCACUCGUUUGUUGUAAGCAGUCGUAAGCAAUUGUGAGGGUUUCGGCUUCCACAAAAUUAAUAGGAGAGUACCUACAUUUAUAAUAUAUUAAUUACGUAAGCUUUACAUUACACUUAUUGAAAUUCUACCGUAAAGAUUAUAUAAAUUUAAAGAUUUGGAACAUAAUUUAACUUUUGGAUAAAACAAAAAUAUACGUGGUUACACCUAACCACGUGUUGUAGAAGUUUUAUUGAAUCCUUUAUACGAAUACUUAUCUGUAGUAAGUGUAUUUUUCUUCAAAAUGCCCGAAGACGUUUAUUUAUUGUCUAGAAGCCAUAAGCAUCGCAUGAUUACAGCUGAAUUAGCUCGUUAUGAAAGUCCCCUAAAGAAGUCUGGUUUUGACGGUAAUAAAUAUAUAUCUACAAUUAAAAAUGUAGCAAGGUCUGAUGAUACAAUAGUUCAAAAUUCAGAAACAAACGCAGAUCUACAUGAAUCGUGCGAUCUGUCUGAAGAACAUGUAUUUCAAGCUGGGAAUCUAGAGAAUUCUUUGUCAUGUGAACAGAUUGAAAUUGAGGAAAGCCAAGAUCUUUGUGCAUCAAGUGAGUUUUCUUUUGAAAUUGAUGGUAAUAGCAUAGGAGGUAAUCUAGACGAUAAUGCUGAUACUUUAAGUGAUAUUAAAUUUGAAGAAGGAUUGCGCAGUUGGAUUUCCAAAAAUAAUAUUUGUCAUAGUGCUGCGAAUGAAUUAUUAAAAUUAUUGAAACACAAUGGUCACUCUCACUUAUCAGCAGAUAUUAGGACUUUUCUUAGAACUCCAAAGUUAGAUUCUCAAACCAUAGAAUCAGUAAAUGGAGGUCAAUAUGUUCAUUUUAAUCUAUCAUCAAGUAUCGAACGAUUAAUCACAAAAUAUUUUCAAGAUAUCCCAAGUGAGCUAAAACUUCAUAUUAAUGUUGAUGGUCUACCAGUUUCAAAAAGCUCUGGGAGUCAAUUUUGGGUUAUCUUAGCUUCAAUUGUUGCUGAUUUUCAUACAGAACCAUUUGUUGUUGGAUUUCAUCAUGGUUUGAUGAAACCUAAAGAUCCUAAUCAGUUUCUGAAAUUUCUAGUAGAUGAUGCAAAAAUAAUAUCUGAACGUUGAUUAGUUGUGAAUGGAAAACAGAUAUCUGUUGUUAUAAAUGCAAUCAUUUGUCAUGCACCUGCAAAAUCUUUUAUAUGUUGCACCAAAAAUCAUACAGGCUACUUCAGCUGUACUAAAUGCAUUCAAGAAGGGGAUUUCAUAGAAAAAAGAGUUACUUACCCUGAGACAGAUUGUACAUUAUGCACUGAUAAUUCCUUUAGAAGCAAGCAACAACCCGAGCACCACAUAUCAACUUCUUGUUUAGAGCUUUUAAAUAUAGACAUGGUUGCACAAAUACCACUUGAUUAUAUACAUAAUACAUAAUACUACAUAAUAGCCACAUACCCGUUUUUCAAAGCAGACCAGAUUGAAGUUGUAAUAGCUGAAUGGUUUCGGUUUGCAAAACAGAGAUUACACAGAGAGACCAAGGAAUCAUAAUGUAAGAGCUUGAGACUUGAUUAUUUCUUCUUUAUGCGACCUGUAUUCAAAUUAUUGCAAGGUUGUAAUGAUUUGAUUGUUAUUUGUUAACAAGUUUCUUCGAAAUCCUAGUCAAAUAGGGAGAGAGAGAGAGAGCAAUACAAUACAUACAUUAUAAUUAUAAAUGUUUUAUUAUAUCAUAAUAAAUAUAAAAUGCGAUCAAAA